UGGAGAGGAGCUCGAUCGUUCCCCAUCUCUCUCGCCUCAGCUUUUCCUUCCGUCGUCGGCGACGCACUCCACGGCGGCGGUUCUCCACCGGCGGGGAAGCGCCGAUGCUCCUCCCAGGCGACGCACGACAUGGGGAAUUUCGCAUCGAGUGAUGCUUCUUCAGUCAAAGAGGCGCAAAGGGUAUCAGCAACCAGCUCCACACCACCGGUGAACUGCUGCCGGGUGCCCAAGGACUCAAGGACAAGGAGGACGCACCACUGGGACUCUGGGAGCAUUCAAGAUUGGUUGGAGAUGGCGGAAUUGGCCGAGCCGCGGGUGUACAGCUGCCGCCAUUGCCGGAACCGCGUCUGCCUCCACGACGAUAUCAUCUCCAAGGCCUUCCAGGGGAGGAAUGGCUGCGCAUUUCUCUCCUCUCACGCCAUGAACAUCACCACGGGGGCCAAGGAGGACAGGCAGUUCAUGACGGGGCUUCACACGGUCGCCGACAUCCACUGCCGUGACUGCCGCGAGGUGCUCGGAUGGAAGUACGAGAGAGCCUACGAGGAAUCCCAAAAGUACAAGGAAGGCAAGUUCAUAUUUGAAAAGGACAAGAUCGUGCAGAAGAAUAGCAGAGAGAUGGCGGAACUGGUUGGGCCGCGGGUGUACAGCUGCCGCCAUUGCCGGAACCACGUCUGCCUCCAUGACGAUAUUAUCUCCAAGGCCUUCCAGGUGAACAACUUCACCCAGGGAAGGAUAAUUUAUUUUCUUUUCCUUGGUCAUUACUGACUUUGGGCCUUUGGGCCUAUGUUAGGGAUCAAGAGUGGAAAGGCAGAGCUUAAUCAAUAAAUAGGAACUUAGAUGGACCAGUAAUAUAUGUUGGGCUGGUUGUGGAUGCCGAGCUAAAACCAGUAAUAGUAUCCACUAGCAGUUUUAAAUAGGUCCAUUCAUCAACUGUGGUGGAGAGGUCCAACAAUCUGAGAACGAACGUCUAUGUAGCUGACUCUAGCUAGCAUUUGUGUUUCUACAUUUAAAUAGCGGAGUUUCCUUCGGUUAA